AUGGGUCUUGCGUGGCAGCAACUCGGAUGGCUUAUCCACGAAUUCGCGCAUAAUCAGCUCUUCAAGGACCACUGGCAUAAUGAUCUUGCAAGUUAUGUCGUGGGGAAUCUUCUGCAAGGAUUCUCAUCGGGUGGGUGGAAGGAGCAGCACAACAUCCAUCACGCUGCUACCAACGUCGUCGGACGAGACGGAGAUCUCGAUCUGAUGCCGCUUUGGGCUACUGUUGUGCAAGACCUUAAGAUGGCCGAUAACUGGUGGCUCACGAUUCUGCCCUAUCCAGCACAUUUACUGGUCUGUGAUGUUGCCACUGCUUCGAAUAAGCUGGCUUCUACAGUCGAUUGUAUUUGUCAACGGGAUGCCGCAGCACUACUACAAGUACUAUCGGGACAGAGCUAUUAUAGGUAUCUCCUCACUAUUCACUGGAUUCUGGUCCUAAUCCAGCUGUAUCUUCUUCCUUCAAUGCAAAUUAGAUUGCUUUUCUUCGCUGUUUCUCAGCUUACUGGUGGAUUUCUUCUAGCUCACGUUGUCACCUACAACCACUACUCCGUGGACAAAUUUCCAUAUACUUCCAAGAUCAUGUCCAAUUACGCCUGUCUUCAAGUGAACACGACGAGGAACAUGCGCCCUGGCAUAUUCAUUGAUUGGUUAUGGGGCGGACUCAAUUAUCAGAUAGAGCAUCACCUCUUCCCAACAAUGCCUCGCCAUAACCUCAGCAAGGUGAUGCCACUGGUGAAGCAGUUCUGCGCAGAAAACGACCUGCCGUACAUGGUUGACGACUACUUCACCGGUUGGAAGUUGGAGAUUCAACAAUUCGCCAAUGUCGCGAGAAUCGCAUCGAAGAUGAAGAGCAAAAUUCUGUAG